CCAUACUUACCACGUGAAUUAUUCCUUUGCUAUUAGUGCAUCGGGAUCUUAAGUUUACUGGGGGUCAUACCAUCAUUUCAUUCUAAUUAAAGGGAGUUCUACAUUGGAGAGCCGUGAUGUCAGGGAGGCUCCUGGGGGUGUUGAAGGCUGUGGGCAUGGCUGGAGGGGCCAUCACAGGGGGAUGGAUGUGGAGUAAAUACCUCAGUCCGGUCGUAUCAGCUUCUACAUUGCCUAGUCCAGACCGGGAGCCUGUGCUAAAGUGGGACUAUAACUGGGAUAAACGAGAACCAGACACUGGAGGUGGUCCACUUGACAAUGACCAAGAUAGGUCUUUUGAGCCCAAAUUAUCAUCAAAGAAACCAACUGCUACCAGACAUCUCAUUCUAAUUCGCCAUGGCCUCUUUAACCGCGAGGGCAAGUGUGAUGACACGCAGAGAGAGCUCACAGAAUUAGGUAGGGAACAAGCAGAGUUUACUGGCAAGCGCUUGAAAUCUCUGAAUCUUCCAUAUACAUCCCUGGUGUAUUCAACCAUGAAGCGGGCCACAGAGACAGCUCAGAUAAUACUGAAGCAUCUAGAUCCCAAUCUUCCCGUCAAAAGCUGUGACCUCCUGCGUGAAGGUGGAACUGUUCCGCCAGAACCAGCUUUUGGCUACUGGAAAGCUGAUCAUCUUUAUUAUCAAGAGGGAGCAAGAAUAGAAGCUGCAUUUAGACACUACUUCCAUAGAGCAGACCCAAGUCAGAAGGAAGAUAGUUAUGAAAUACUAGUGUGUCAUGCUAAUGUCAUUAGAUAUUUGACCUGCAGAGCCUUGCAGCUUCCUCCAGAAGUCUGGUUAAGAAUGAUGCCACACAACUGUUCUCUCACCUGGAUCAUGAUAAAACCUACGGGUCAAGUGACUUUGCUGACAUUUGGUGAUGCAGGACACCUCCCAGGGGACUUGUUGACAACUAUGUGGAUAGAUUAGUCCUUAUAAACAUGAGAGAAUGCUGGAGACUCUUUUUCACCCUUUCUCCUUCUCAUAUAACAUGUGAACUGCACUUUCUUUUAUAUACUGACAUAUCCAUGAUAGGGAUUUCUCCAUUAUAUGCAAAGUGUGCAUAUAAUGAGAUAACUGCUCAUUUUCAAUAACAGUGAAACCUUCAGAAUUUUAUCAGUUAUGGUUAGCAAAGUACGAGAAAAUUGUUGAGGACAUCUGGACAAACUUUUUUUAUGACAAAAUCCAAAGUAAUGGCCUUUUGAUGAAUAAGACUGAAUUUUCAAAGAAAUCAUAAAGCAAUCUUUGUGCCAUAAGUAGAUUUAAUAAAACGACUGGUCAAAUAAUUCAAAGGUGUGCAUGCAAUUUCAGGUUCUUCCAUUUCAAUAUGUAGUUAGGUAAAACAGUAUACCUCAGUCUUUACUAUAUUUAAAGAUUUAGUUUCUUAAUGUUGAUCUUGUCAUGGACUAUUAUUUUUCAGAGUCCUUUUAUCUUGAUAUUUUCAUACAGUUUUACUCCAUAUUAAAUGCUCAAUGUCAGCAGAAUUAACAAAGCAAAACCAUAUUCUAUGUAAUUAACAAUUUGAAGUAUAGUUAAUUAAAACACCUAAUUACAUUUUAGCUAAACAGAUAUUUUUGUGUUAUUACUAAUAUUGUGAAUCGGUGAUGUACCAGUAUCUUUAUAUUAUAACGCGUUUUCUCAGUUUAUGUGCAGUUUAUGCUCACUCUUCUGUGCAGGUGUUAGGAAAUGAUGCAAUAAAUAUUUACAAAGAUCAACUUUUCUUGUGAAACAAAUUGAAGAAGUUGCCUUUACAUUGUAGCAUAUGACAUUUUGU